AAGGCCACUAUGAAUGUAAUAUACUUUUGUCCGGGGGUGGCGCUGUGGCGUUCAUCCCCACUAUGGAUGUAAUAUACAUUUGUCCAUGAGUGGCGCUGUGGUCGCUUCUGCUCCACCCACCACAUCCAUCCUGAACUUCAGGUAACACAGCACAAUUGCUUUUUCCGAGCGAGCGACGAGACGACGCGACAAAAACACGAGAAAAAAUGAAGAGAUUGUUUUUCCCCGGGCGAAUCAGUGUGGUCUUCCGCAAGGGCCCACUGGGAUUCCUGCUGCAGGAUCCCACCGAGGAGGCCAGGCAAAUUAAGGACAACCCGUCGAGGAGGGACAAGUCUCCUGUUGCUCAGCAGGAGGUUGUAAGGCAAAACGCCCUUGCAGUGGUCCGAGGGGGAGAUGCUUCAGACCAAACUGAAGUACUGGGAGAGUACAUCCUGCAGUUUGGGAAGUACAAGGGGAUGUCCUUCCGCUGGCUCCUGGAGAAUGACAUGGGAUACACUGUGUAUCUUAUCCAAAGCCACCAGAGAGAGGAGGCUGCAGGAGUGCUGGUGGUUGACGGGCAUAGCAAGGACAGCCUUCUGUCAUUCCUUCGCUAUGCCCUCAGCUUCAAGGAAAUUAAUACUCUUCUUGAGUAUGAGGCCCUAAAAACAUCUGUGCCCGCCCCAGCAGCAGAGGAUGACCAGCUGGUUGGAUUUGGUGCAAGCGCCAGUAACACCUGGAGGGAGAUUUGGGAGAGCAGGGAUGAUGGCUAUGCAGCCUUCAUCUUAAGAAGAAAGUGUGCGACGGGUACAAAAAUGCACAAACUGCAACAGUACCUGCAGCAACAGCAGCAACAGCAGCCCUCCACCUCUUUUACCAUCGCCUCCACCUGUUCCACCACAACCUUUGCUGAGAGCACGGCUAAGGACGAAGACGAAGAGCUGGAGAAAGCCAUGCUCAGCAUCUCUCCAGAUAUACUCAGUGGAUCUGCUCCACCAACAUUAGAGCUGCUACGUUUUUCAGGUCCAGGGCGAAGUUCUUAAAUAAUGACCGACCUCAAAGGGCAUUUUGUGAUUGCAUGUGUUCUCGUCACGCUCUACUUUUGUUCCUUUCAUGUGUGUGACUGACUAUGAAUUGAUACAACCUACGAGAGGGUAAGUAUAAUUUGAAUACAUUCUUUUGAACGCCGGAAGCAUGUGUUUGCAGUGAGCCAUUCUGCUUCUCCUGCUCUAGUUAAGGUUAGACUAGACCAUCACAAAAAAGGUCUAUUUAAUUCUUUAAAAAGCCAAACCAAGUAGUUGAAGUAGCAAAUGGCAGUUUGUUGUGAGUGACUCUACUAAUACCCCUGAAACGCCAAUAUUUCAAUCAAUCAGUCUUUCAUCACGUUUUCUCCGGUUUUAGACACAGAACAUGCACCGACUGGCCCAGAUGCACCAGAAGAUGCACCAGCUGUGCUGCCUCCAAAGAUUCCAGUGCCUUUCCCACAGGAGUUGAUGUUUCUGCUACCAGAGAAAACAAAGACCAAAGAAGAGACACCACAGCCUGCCCCAGAAACUGCAUGUGCUCCUGGGAGUCCUGUAGCCUCCACUCUAUCUGCAGCAGAGCCACAGUCUGCACAGAGACCCCACAACCAACCACCAGUCCCACCUAUGGCUGAUAUCAACAGGCCUCCACCUCAACAGUUUCUGUCAUUUGACCAGGAGGUCAAUAAGUGGAACUGCACACACCAGCAGAAAAUAUGGAUGAAGUUGGAACUGGAGUCCAUGGGUCUGUGGCCAGGCUCCCGCCCUGUCAACAACCCUAUGAAAACCUUCUCCCUGUGGCGCUUACCUCCCCAGCCUGAGCUGAUUGACAGUAUUUAUGAUCUGCCGUCCCCAAAGUAUUUUCAUCUUCACCCAUUUUUCGUCUGGAAGCCGGAAAAUGACUACUUGAUGGGGCGGCUAAAAAACAACUACACCCUGCCGUGCUCUGGUGACUGUUCUCAGCCACGUGUUGUCUCUGCUGGAGUCAGGAGACCGCGAGUGAUUGUGGGCCUCACUGGACAAUACUACCUGCUCUCCUCCAGGCUGUGCUGUAAGAGCUGCAAUAAGAGGUGGUAUUCCAACAACCCGCUCUGGCUGGAAAAGCUUCCCAAGAGAAGAGGUUUACCAAUCUGUUGCCAGCGUUACUGACUUACAAGAAGGCCAUCUGUAAGUCAGUACUGGAUGAGUUGAGACGGACUGGAAAAUCACCCACAGACAUGGCAAAUCAGGUCAACGAGAUGUUGCAUCUCAAGUAUGAGCGUGCCAACCUGGCCUAUCUCCUGUGCUGCCAGAAUGUGAUGGAUGGAGAGGCAGGAACUUUUGGCGGCCAAAAGACCAUCACUCAGUUCUUUCGGCAGGAGCGAAAACCGGAGCCUUUUGGGGGCUACAGUGAUGCUGGUGGCUGGAACGGGGUCUCUGUGUCUGCCCACUACCUCCCCGACUGCUUGCUGCAUGAGUUCCGGAACCAGAAGGACACCAUUCAGCGGAUGCUGCAGGGCUGUGAUGAAUGAGAACUGGAUGAUCCUGUCCUGGGUCAUGGUGCAGUUUGAGACGGACAAAACCCUGCGGUCGAUGUGCGAGGGUCUCUCAAACCGCUACAACAGGGCUGGCAUUGAGAAAGCCCAGUUUCAGUGGGUUGAUAGAGAUUGCUGCGCACCGUUCAGGGUUGCAGAGUCUUCUGCGGAGGAACAUCUCAACUGGGAUGCCUGGCAAACAACUGACGCAAUUGUUACUGAGGCCACAUCUGGGAACCUGUUGAAUACAUGUGCAUCAAGAACCUCUUACAACAACAGUAUCGUCAUCAAGCUGGACUUGUUCCACUGUAUGCAACGGCUUCUUCGUGAGUGUGCCUCAGAACAUCACCCGUUAUACGGCACCUUCGCACAGUUCCUGUCGGCUGCCUUCUCUGUGGUGGACCAGGAAGACCUGCAGAGGCUCCAGGAUGCAUACGUCUUCUGUGGCAUCCAGCCUGCAAAUCCCACCAAGCAGCAUAUUCGUGAGCACUGCGGGAUAAAGAUUCCUUCGCCCGGGACACUUAUUCAGAGAAUGGACAGGAGUGUGUCGCUGGAACUAUCAGCGUCUGCUGGACCUGAAACUGCCAGGCGUUUCUCUCCCGCCCGUUUUCGACCCUGCACUGAUAUGCUCCCUGAAUGCUGUUUCCAGACGGGUCUUUGGCGAAGAAAAGUACCCUGCUCUUCGUCUGGCAGCUGAAGACACUGGGGAGAGGUUUGGCCUGGAGUACAGGGAGCCAGAAUGUUGUCCGGUCCCUUUAGACUGGGACAAACAUAAAACCAAGAAGGACCCCGGCCACGCCACAAGUGCUCCUUCUCCAGGCAUCCUGUCUGAUCAGGGAGCAGACCCAGUGCAGCCUUCCUCCACACCUCCCACCAGGCUUUUCAGCUUUGUUCAUCCUCUUCAAACUGCUACUGCGACUACGUCUAGUCGUGUGGCCCCUAUCCCAGCAUCUGACUUGGACAAUAAAGCUUCUGUUACUGAGCUUCAGCCACAGCCAGAGCCCACAAGAAGAUUACCCAUCCAAUGUUCUCCGACUGCUGCCCGCACUGGACCAGUGAAGACUGGAGGGAGAGUAUUUGUGUUGGACCACAAGCGCUGGCCAUCUCCAAUGAAGUCGGCAAUUGACGAGCUCCUUAAUAAACACCGCGGGCACGAGGACAUGAUCAAGCUUGUGGUUCAGGAGUAUGGCACUCUUGUCCACAAGUCCAGCAAAGACCCCAACAGCAUGCUGCAUCCAACAUCAAAAUUGAAUAUGUCCAAAUACAUAAAACACAACAGUAAAUUUCUCAAUACAUCAUCUUCACUAAAUACCAGCCCAGAGAAGCUGCAACAUACACAGCAGCUUUGACAGUUGCUAAGCACUACCUCUGCUGUGCCUGUCAUGACACUGCCUGCAGCUAUGGUCAUUCCACCAUCACCACCACCACCACCUACUCUUACCCCAUUGAAGCAGGAGCAACCACCUCCCGUGUCAAAAAAAACUUGAACAAAAACAUGUCUGUGCUGUGGCCAACCAAAAUCAAAAUAUCAAGGGGAUGGGACAUCAAUACAUGACUUUUAUCAGCGGGGCCCUGUCAGAUACUUUUAUUGCUCCACAAAAGUUUUCCAAAAAUAUGGUGCAGAAGGUCUGACAAACCCCAAGAUGCCGUUUCAAGAGUUCAGUCAAACAGACUUCUUCCAGCGAGAGCUUGAUGAUACAAGAAAGAGGGUGGAGGAAAAACAGCAGAAGAAGAGGAAGAGGGAGGAAUCUCCUCCACCCCCUGUUCAAAAGUGCCGGUUCUGCAGGAUGCAGCUAAAGCAGGGUCCGAACAGCCCCCACAUCCACACGGGCUUUCCAGGGCAACCGGGGAAGUACAUCUACCCCCCUGCCAAAGUCUUCUCUAUCUAUAGAGAGCACGGGAUGGAAAGAGAGAUGAGCUGGAGGGAGUUCCAGGACUCUCCUUUCUAUGAAAAGGAGAAACAACGGCACCAAAAUAAAUGAACAUUUUUUUUUAUAAUUCCUAGAUUGUGAUUAGUAUUCAUUUUUUAUCUCUGAGAGUGUUUUUGAGUGU